AUGGUGGCAUCCAUGGCGGCCUCCCCCCUCCGGCCGCUCCUCUUUCUCCUCCUCGCCGCCCUCGCCUGCCACGCGGCGGACGCGAGCUGGAGCGGGAACCCCUUCCGCCACGGCCACGGGCGGGGCCGCGGCCUCGGCGUCAACUACGGCAGGGUGGCCGACAACAUCCCGACGCCGCGGCGGUCCGUGCAGCUGCUGCGCGCGGCGGGGGCGGGCUCCGUCAAGAUCUACGACGCCAACCCGGCGGUGCUCCGCGCGCUGGCCGGCACGGGCAUGGCGGUCUCCAUCAUGGUGCCCAACCAGAUCAUCCCGGACCUGGCCGCCUCCUACGCCGCCGCCGACCGCUGGGUCGCCGACAACCUGCUCCCCUACCUCCCGCGGACGCGGGUCAAGUACCUACUCGUCGGCAACGAGGUGCUCUCCGACGGCUCCAUCGCGGCCUCCACCUGGACCCGCAUCGUGCCGGCCAUGGAGAACCUCCACCGCAGCCUCCGCGCGCGCCGCGUCAGCCGCGUCAAGCUCGGCACCACGCUCGCCAUGGACGCGCUCGUCACGGGCGCCUUCCCGCGCCCGCCGUCCGCCGCGGCGUUCCGCCCCGACAUCGCCGAGCAGGUCAUGCGCCCACUGCUCCGCUUCCUCGAGGGCACCAACUCCUACUACUUCGUCGACGCCUACACCUACUUCGUCUGGGCCGGCAGCAACGGCACCGUCCCGCUCGACUACGCGCUCCUCCAGGCCGCCACGCGCGCCCGCUACGUCGACCCCGGCACGGGGCUCACCUACACCAACCUGCUCGACGAAAUGCUCGACGCCGUGGGCGCCGCCAUGUCCAAGCUCGGCCACGGGAGCGUCAGGAUCGCCAUCGCGGAGACCGGCUGGCCCAACGGCGGCGACUACGACCAGAUCGGCGCCAACGUCCGCAACGCCGCCGUCUACAACAGGAACCUCGCGGCGCGGAUGGCCAGGAACCCCGGCACGCCGGCGCGGCCGGGCGCCAGGAUGCCGGUGUUCGUCUUCUCCCUCUACAACGAGAACCUCAAGCCCGGCCCGGGCACCGAGCGCCACUGGGGCCUCUACUACGCCAACGGCACAGCCGUGUACCCGGUCGACCUCACCGGGCGGCGGCCGCUGUGGGCGUACCCGCCGCUGCCGGCGCCGGAGAACGACACGCCGUACAAGGGGCCGAUAUGGUGCGUGCUGGCCGCCCACGCCGGCAGGAAGGUGAACGAGACGGCGGUGGGGGACGCGCUGACGUACGCGUGCGGGCAGGGGAACGGGACGUGCGACGCCAUCCAGCCCGGCGGCGAGUGCUUCCAGCCCAACACGGGCGCGGCGCACGCCAGCUACGCCUUCAACUCCUACUGGCAACAGUUCAGGAAGACCGGAGCUACGUGCUACUUCAACAACCUCGCAGAGCAGACCAUCAAGGACCCAAGCCACGGAUCCUGCAAGUUCAGCAGUUCAUUGGGCUGA